ACACCCAGCGCGGGUCCCGACCGAGGUCGCCGGGCGGUGGCGUCAGCUGCGCGCCCUCCGCGUGGAAAAGAGCCGGCUGCUGAGGGAGGGAGGGAGGAAGGGAGGGAGCCCAACACGGAAGUGGUGGUGGCGCCUGGGAAGCAGGCGGAGGCUAUGACCGCGACGUCUGGGAUGAGCACGGAGCGCCCAGGGGAGGGUGGGCGUUGCAGAAAAGCAUCCGCCUUGUAGGACCCACACGAGGUGCAGGCAUGGCUGGGCCUCCCUUCUCCACCUCAGCGAGCACCCGGAGUGUUGGCGAUGGUGAUGGCGGCGGUUACCCGGCCAGCCCCAGUUAAGCGGCGCCCUGGGAGAUACAUCCAGAAAGUGCCCAGAAGAAACUUCCUGCCGGAAAAACUGAAAAAGAAGUAUUUAUAACAUUGGAAUUUGUGGAUAAUUUGUUAAAAUGGCAGAAAAUAAUGAAAAUAAUAGUAAAAAUGUAGAUGUAAGGCCCAAAACUAGUCGGAGUAGAAGUGCUGACAGAAGGGACGGUUAUGUGUGGAGUGGAAAGAAGUUAUCUUGGUCAAAAAAGAGUGAGAGUUGUUCAGAUGCUGAAACAGUAAAUACCAUAGAGAAAACUGAAGGUUCUUUAAGGAGCCAAGAAAGGAAGCACAGCUGUUCAUCUAUCGAGUUGGACUUAGAUCAUUCCUGUGGGCAUAGAUUUUUAGGUCGAUCUCUUAAACAGAAGCUGCAAGAUGCUGUGGGGCAGUGUUUUCCCAUAAAGAAUUGUAGUAGUCGGCACUCUUCAGGGCUUCCAUCUAAAAGAAAAAUUCAUAUCAGUGAACUCAUGUUAGAUAAGUGUCCUUUUCCACCUCGAUCAGAUUUAGCCUUUAGGUGGCAUUUUAUUAAACGACACACUGCUCCUAUAAAUCCCAAAUCAGAUGAAUGGGUAAGCACAGACUUGUCUCAGAGUGAAUUGAGAGAUGGUCAGCUAAAACAAAGAAGAAACAUGGAAGAAGAUGUAAACUGUUUCUCACAUACCAAUGUUCAGCCCUGUGUCAUAACCACCAACAAUGCUUCUUGUAGAGGUCCUAUGCCUGGCUCUGUGAUGAACCUAGUUUCAAAUAACAGUAUAGAAGAUAGUGAUAUGGAUUCAGAUGAUGAAAUUAUAACACUUUGCACAAGUUCCAGAAAAAGAAACAAACCCAAAUGGGAAUUAGAUGAUGAAAUCCUGCAGUUGGAAACACCUCCUAAGUACCACACACAGAUUGAUUAUGUCCACUGUCUUGUACCAGACCUCCUUCAGAUCAAUAACAAUCCAUGUUACUGGGGAGUUAUGGAUAAAUAUGCAGCUGAAGCUCUACUAGAAGGAAAACCAGAGGGUACUUUUUUACUUCGAGACUCAGCACAGGAAGACUAUUUAUUCUCUGUUAGUUUUAGACGCUACAGUCGUUCUCUUCAUGCUAGAAUUGAACAGUGGAAUCACAACUUUAGCUUUGAUGCACAUGAUCCUUGUGUCUUCCAUUCUCCUGAUAUUACUGGGCUCCUAGAACAUUAUAAGGACCCAAGCGCCUGUAUGUUCUUCGAACCACUUCUAUCCACUCCUUUAAUUCGGACUUUCCCCUUUUCCCUGCAGCAUAUAUGCAGAACAGUUAUUUGUAACUGUACAACUUAUGAUGGCAUUGAUGCCCUUCCAAUUCCUUCUUCUAUGAAAUUAUAUCUGAAGGAAUAUCAUUAUAAAUCAAAAGUUAGAGUACUCAGGAUUGAUGCACCUGGACAACAAUGCUAGGAUAAGGGUAGGAACAUGGGAAUGAUUGUAUACAUAUUUUCAUUUAACAUUUUUCUUAUUAUGCCACUAUAAAUUUUUCUACAAAGGCAGUGGAAUCUAAAAUAAACCUGCCCUAAAUUUUACUUCAAGAUCAGUUUUUCUUUUAUGAUACACUAAUAGUUUAAGGUUAUACACUAGAGGUUAAUAGAUAUUUUUAACCAGGUCUUUGGUUUUUGUUUUUACCAUGUAGAGUGUAUACUUAAAUUUUUUCAUUUUCUUAAUUUAUAUAUACUCUCGGCAUAUUUGAAAUUUGGUAGGCAUUGCCAACACAUUUGAAUAUUCUGUAUUUCAUGCUUUAAAAAAUAAUCUUAUGUCCUUUCCCACAUGUAAAAUAUUUUGUUAAUAUAUGCCAUCAGUAUUCCUAUACAUAAAAUAUAGUUUCCCCAUCCCCCUUUUCAUUGAGUUUUAAAAUUCUUCAGUAAAGCUGAGUGUUGUAAUUCACUAUCCAUACUAAUGUAAUUGACUUCUGUUAACUUACUAAUAGGGAUGCUAAAUGUAACAAAAUGGUUUACAGUCAAAACUUGAUAUGUUUUCAUUAGAAAUAUAACUAUAAAGCAAGAUUACUAAAUUUGAUUAAUCUGGUCAAUGAGAAUCAAAAGAAAACAUAACAUUCUGGUGGUGCAUUUAUUCUAUAAUGUAGCCGUUAUUUGUUAUUCUUGAAUAGGUCUUUGUUUCUCAACCUGGAAGAGUUAAACAAUCUUCAAAACAUAAAUUUUGUUCCAUUCUCAUUGGAAGUGUUAAAAAUAAUAAUACCAUUAGUGGCUAAUAGUUCCUAAAGUAUUAAAGCAACUGUAGGUUUUUUCCUGUAUUAACUUACAAUCUAUUGCUUCUAUUUAGCCCUUUUAUAGAAACUCAGAGCCUGUUACUUUGGGGAAAUUCCACAAUUUAUAAGCAGCUACAAAUUUCCACUGGUAACCAAAGAGUAUCUAAGUCUUUUUUCAUUAUUUUAAGUUGAACUUGAAUAAAGAUUGAAUAAAUAAACGUGGAAUUCAGUGUUCACGAAGCUUAAUAUUCUUUUUGAUCUACAAGUUCUAAAUAAUUAUUCCUAUCAUCAGAAGUGGCUUUAAAAAAAGAAAGCCUUUUUACAGCUACAUGGCUUAUGCCAUACAGAAUAGUACUGGACAAAAUGGGUAAUAUUUUAAAUUUACUAUCCCAAGAACAGGGCAGCAUUUUUAGAAACAUUAGUCCAAUGUAACCAGUAAAGAUGAAUGGAGUGAUAUCCUAGCUAACUUCUUUUUUAAAAGAGUCAAUGAAUAAUAGUAUCUAGACAGAUCACUCAAUUUUUCUUCUGAUGAGCUAUCUACCCCUUUGUACAAAUUGGCAUUUUUAAUAUAGUAAUUGAUUUCUUGAUGCUAGUUUAGCUGUACUAGGAAACUGCUUCUACUUGGAUUGAAAGAAGUUUGACUCAUAAAUUUCCAAGUUAGAACAAAUAUUUCUUAAUUAUUGCUUUUAUGUGAAGUAGCAUUUCCCUAUCUUGCAGUUCUGCUGUUAAAGAUGGUAUUUUUCAAUAAUAGCUUUAAGAUAAAUUUUUAGCAGUUAUCACAAAAUUAAAUCAGGAAAAUCCCUGUUAAUCAUUAUCUUCUAGUAAUUUUUUUCUCAGUGAUCUCAAGAUUGUCUUGGUCUCAAUGAGGGGUAGCUACGCAAAUAGCACCUCUCUUAAACAAUGAUGAGGCUCAGGGUAUCACAACACCAAUGUCAGGAUAAAUGUCUCUUCUAGAGAUGAUAUUUACAUUUUACAAAGGUAGAAGUGUCUCGUACUACCUCAUCUUUAUUGUGGCACUUUUGUAGAUCACUGAGAAGCUUAUUAACCAAUAUACCAUUUCCUAAAUAUCCAUCUUUGAUGAAAGAAAAUUAAUAGUGUGGUAAGAGUCUACCCAUGAUUAUAGUUUUUUUUAUCAGAAUUUGAUAAGACUUUCUGUUUCUGUGAAACAAUUAUUUUAAAUAUUUUUCUUUUAAGAGCAACUUUUUAUCAGUACAGAAAAACCUAAAGAUAACUAGCUUAUGAAUAUUCUGUUAAAGUAUAGUUUUAUAAAGAAAAAGGAAAUAUAAUUAUGUUGCCUUUUAUAGUAGUAAAAAUUAGCGUUUAUAUGAAAGUCAAGAUCUAAGUAGCUUUUCAUAUAAUUCAGACUAAUUGCUUGUGAUAUAUUUUCUCUGGCUUUUUUAUUUUUUCAACUUCAAGGUUUUAACAGCUGUUAACACUUUCAAAAUACUGCCAUAUAUGUAGCCUUGAAGUAGAUAAUUUAAUAAAUGAGAGCAAGAAAGAGACUCAUUUACUAUGAAAUGAUUUGUAUUUUUCCUUUGGUAUUUGUUACAAUGAAAAGAAAUUUGGAAAGUAGAAAUUUAAAGACUUGAGGAGGGAAUUGUUUACCAUGAAGGGAAAAGAAAAGAGUAAUGAUUAAUUUUUUUAAACAUUAAGGGACUGGAAUUUAGAAAGGUUAUCCCUUUCUCUGUUUUUGUGAGUAUAUAUUUGGAAGAACAUCCAGUAUUCAGAAAUUAACUCAUUAAAAUGUAAAAAAUGUAUUUAUUGGACUUUAAUUAAAAUGAGUAAGUUUUGAGGGGACAAUGUGGGAGAUAUGAAUAUAUCUAAAUACUGUUUGAAUUUUGUAACUCUAAGUUAGACAUUGGGAACAUUUGAAAAGUCCAAAUUCCAGAGUUGAGAGAGCAUUCAGCAUGGUGGAAAUGUGUAGAGAUUGUUGAGAGAGGAUGGAGCUAAAAGAAACAAGAUAAAAUAUUAAAAUUAAGAAUUUAGGCAUUACCACAGGGAAAAGCCUUGACAAUGAAAGGGAACUACUUAAUCGCUAAUAGCUAGUCUGGACCAGACACUUAACUGCGCUUUGGGAAUCAGCCUGCACUAAUCAGGAAAUAAACUUGACUUUUCUAUUUUUCUUUGAAGGUUUUCAGGACAUACCCUCUCCCCAUUUUUUUUAAACCUGCAGCAUCUUGAUUCAUACUAUAAUUUCUGAGAUAUGCUGAAUGAAUUUUUUUUUAGGUUCCUUGAGCAUUUUUGUAUGAAGAGUCAUAUGUGAUCUUUCUAUAUAACCAUGCCAUUCACUUAAAUAAUUCAUAGAGGGAAUGGUUUAAUUUAGGAAGACCUAAUAGGAAGAAGAUUAAAGGAAGCUUUUAGUCAGCCUGUGGCUAGAUUUAUUGAUUUGGUGAUCAAACCUGUGUUCUUUCCUAAAUUUCAGCUAAUGGCCAACUGUGGUCAAAGAAUGGCUUUCAGUUAAAAUUUUGUCUUAUUAUUUAUUAUAAAUAAUAUAAAGAAUGUUGUAAUUAGAAAUCCUCUAAAAAGUAGAACAAAUGUGGCAAAUAGGACUCAUUAUACAAAUUCUAUUUCUUUUUAUAAGAGAAACACAUAAACCAUUAUCAUUUAUUCAUGAGUCAAAACCAUUAAGAAGAUAGAUCAAGUUAUCAGCUUCCUGUCUCUGAAGUUUGGAUCAUUUUAUAGAUCCAUGUAAUAGCUUCCUUCCUAUGAAACAAAAACCUUGAGAUCCAACUCUUUAUAAAUAUACCCUUACUUUUCAUUAAAAAUAUUUCUUGUCAUUUUAGCUAUAACCAGAAUCCAAUAAACAACUUAUAUAUUGAUUUUGGUAGAGUAAAUUUCACAGCAAAGUAGACUUAUAUAAUUAUAAGACAUUUCUGGAAAUAACACAAGGAAAACAAUGUUUAGAUGUAAAAUAGCCUGUGUAAUGUUAGGUAACUUAAUGCCCAAAAGAAUAGAAGAUUUUAAAUCAAGCAAAUUAUUGUUUCUACUUUGGGGGGAAAAUCUUUACAAUUUUUGUUUUAACAAUCAGAAAUGAGCAGUGCUACAAGAAUCCACUGAUACUAUUCUAAUGCAUUAAGAUAUUGGACACAAAGUGAAGGUAACUUUUUAAUAUCAAUUGGCUUGUAAGUAGAAAUGCAGAUUAAUGAUAUAACCCAAUAGAAAGGGAUUUAGGGCACAUGAAUCCUAUUUCAAAUAAAGCCAAAGUCUGUUUUUAAUUUACUUUCUAAAUCGUCCUUUGCCUUCAUCUCCUAUAAAAUGUAGGUGUUAAUAUUUGUCACCUGACUGUUAAUUCUUCGAUAAGAGAUGACCCUUAGAGCAUACUUGAAAAUAAUUACUGUACAGCCGUUAAGUAUUAAUGUGAUGAUAGGUUUUCAGAAUGUCUCCUCAGUGGACCCUGAAGAAUCACAUUCACUUCCUUGAGUCUGUAAUAGACUUUCUUGGCUUUUUUUAACAGUAGAAAUAACAGUACAAUUUGAAUUUAUGGUUUAGAUUCUGCAAUUAAAUGAACAAUUGCAAUUUCCUCCUACCCGUCAUAUGAUGAUCUAUGUAAAAUUGAUGUUAGCUUAACUUAUUUUUAAAGUUGAUUACAUUUGCAGGAAAUACAGAUAAUCACGUUUGCCAUGGUUAUAAUCAAAUCUAAGCUUUCAGACUUGAGAGCCAUGGUGUAAAACUCAAGGAAGUUUACUCAAAUUAUGCUGACUUUGCUAGAAUUGGAUAAAUUCUGUACAAGCCAAGUAGAAAGCUGAUACAUACUUGAAUAUACAGAGUUUAGUAACUUCACAGUUACUCUUAUUCAGGCAUGUAUGAUCUACCCCUUACCCCAAAAGAAGUAAUUAUUUCCACUUUUAUUUCUAAUCCUGAAGUUGAAUGUUUCUUCUUGGAUGUGAGUUCAAGUAAAUUGAUCUAAAUAAAUUUUCAUUUGUUCUUAAUUAAAACUUCAUAU